AUGUCUAAUCCGCUUCCCGAGUUCAGCCCCGCGUGUCCCAUCCCGUACAUCCUCCAACCCGAAGAGAGAGUGAAACAACUGCAAGCAGUUCUGGACACGGAUUUCGGAAAAGCUCAGAGAGUGAACAUCGAAGCCCUCAUUUCCCUAUACGAGAUUGGCGAUCUCGGACCACGCCAGCGAACUGAUCCCCCUGUUUUCCUGGUUGAUGGAGUCCGCGUUGAAAAGGACCCAUGGCAAGAUAGAUCGGUGCCGGCUCAUGCAUUGAGAUGGUGUGAAACGUUGUUCUACCAGCAGAUGACCCAGCAAACUACGUACUAG